AUGAUUUUGUCAAGUAAUUUCAUUAAUAUAACCAAGAUUUUUUGUUUUGUUGUUGUUUUUUUGUUUUGUUGUUGUUUCGUUUUUUUGUUUUUUUGUUGUUUCUCUUUUUUGUUUUUUUGUUGUUUCUCUUUUUUGUUUUUUUGUUGUUUCUCUUUUUUGUUUUUUUGUUGUUUCUCUUUUUUGUUUUUUUGUUGUUUCUCUUUUUUGUUUUUUUGUUGUUUUCUUUUUUUUUUUUUUGUUUUCUUUUUUUUUUUUUUUGUUUCUUUUUUGUUUUUUGUUUUUUUUUUUUUUUGUUUCUCUUUUUUUUUUUUUUUUGUUUCUCUUUUUUUUUUUUUUUGUUUUCUCUUUUUGUUGUUUUCUUUUUUGUUUUUUUGUUGUUUCUCUUUUUUGUUUUUUUGUUGUUUCUCUUUUUUGUUGUUUCUCUUUUUUGUUGUUUCUCUUUUUUGUUGUUUCUCUUUUUUGUUGUUUCUCUUUUUUGUUGUUUCUCUUUUUUGUUGUUUCUCUUUUUUGUUGUUUCUCUUUUUUGUUGUUUCUCUUUUUUGUUGUUUCUCUUUUUGUUGUUUCUCUUUUUUUUGUUGUUUCUCUUUUUUGUUGUUUCUCUUUUUUGUUGUUUCUCUUUUUGUUGUUUCUCUUUUUGUUGUUUCUCUUUUUGUUGUUUUCUUUUUUUGUUGUUUCUCUUUUUGUUGUUUCUCUUUUUUUGUUGUUUCUCUUUUUUGUUGUUUCUCUUUUUUGUUGUUUCUCUUUUUUGUUGUUUCUCUUUUUUGUUUUUUUGUUGUUUCUCUCUGUUUCUCUCUUUUUUUUCUUUUUGUUUCUCUCUUUUUUUCUUUCUUUGUGGUAGUGGUUGUUUCUCUUUUUUUCUUUUUGGUUUCUCUUUUUUUUUGUUUCUCUUUCUCUUUUUUUGUUUUUGUUCUUUUUUGGGGGGAACUUAACAAGGAAGAGAGUGCCUUCCGUAGUGGGUCCAUCACACCUGAUGGCUUAAUAGAUGAAGAUUUUGAAAAAGAACUUGGGCCCUCACAGUUACAAGAAGAUGAACAGGAACACGGAGAAUACAGUGAUGUAGCACGGUAUGGAAUAAUUGAAAUUGCAGGUGAUGAUGUCUAUGGAAGAAAAGUAAUCAUUUUCUCUGCAUGUCGACUGCCAUCAAGUAAAGUUCUUGAUCACAGAAGACUUCUUUUAUACAUGAAGUAUACAUUAGACCAGUAUGUGGAAAAUGAUUACACACUCAUCUACUUCCAUUAUGGAUUAAACAGUCGCAACAAACCGAAAUUUACUUGGCUUGUGCAGGCAUACAUGGAAUUUGAUCGCAAAUAUAAGAAGAACCUUAAGGCUCUCUAUCUGGUUCACCCAACCUAUUUUAUUAAAAUCUUAUGGACAUUCUUCAAACCUCUUAUUAGUGUGAAAUUUGGGAAAAAAGUAAUGUAUGUAAAUUACCUUCAUGAGCUCAAAGAACAUCUUCAUUUUGACCAACUGGUUGUGCCACAGCCCGUGUUAGAACAUGAUGCGCGUCUUUUGUCUGCAAAUAAACCACCCUACCCUUACACAGACACGAACACCAAAUUCUCAACACCGCUGAAGACACAACAGUUUGGCGUUACUCUAUCUUUUAUACAGAAAAAUUCUGGACAGGUUCUUCCCCCAAUUGUUGUCAACACAGUGGAAUACCUUCGAAAGAAUGCCAUGGACAUUGAAGGUAUAUUCAGAAGAUCUGCUAAUGCUUCUAUGAUCAAAGAGGUUCAGAAUAAAAUUAAUGCUGGUGAAACAAUAAAUUUUUCUGAAUAUGAUGUCAACAUUCCUGCUGUCAUACUGAAGAAAUUUCUGAGAGAACUUCCUGAACCAAUUCUCACUUUUGAUCUAGCUGAACCCAUUACUCGACUCUAUGGUCUUGAAGAGGAACGUCAGGUAUUUGAGGCUAAACGAAUGAUGAUUGAAGAAUUACCAGAAGAAAGCUACCAGCUUCUGAAAUACAUUAUCACAUUUCUUACAGAGGUGAUUGCCAACUCGGACAAAAACAAAAUGGAUGCUCAAAAUCUUGCAGUCGUCUUUGGACCAAACCUGAUUUGGUCAAAGGGUCAGGUGUCAUUGAACCUGAUAACAGCAGUCAACAGUUUUACCCUAAUUCUUCUUAAUCACAGUGAUGAAUUGUUCACAAGGUGA